GAGUUUUGUUUUAUUUUAUUUUAUUUUUAAAUUUUUGCUUUUUUUAACGCCCAAAUUUGUGCCUCUCCUUUCGUGUCUCUCUCUCUUCUUCGCGCUUUAUCUCUCUCCUCGUUCUCCGUGUCGUCCUCUCUACAUCGAUCUCAGCCUGCGUCGCUUUCACUAUCGCGAAGAAACGAUUGCGGAGAGUACUGUUCAGAGAUCUGGCUUCUCUCAGAUCUGACAAUUGUUGCAUUAUGAUUUCGUUUUCAGUGCAUUGAAGGAUCUCUUGAAUCCCUUCAAUUUUCGCCAAUUCCCAGACGAUAGCCUCACUCUGUCAUUGGGUUUUCACUGCUUGUUUUGGCUUAUCUGCCCCUGGAAUUUCGUGCUGGGCGGAGUGAAGCAUUAUCUGUCUUCCUUCACGUGAAGCUGCUCGGACCCUGCAUUUCUUCUCAUUUGCAGGAAAUUUCUCUUCCUUAGCUCUGGAAGUUAGACUUAAAGAGAAAAAAAGCUCUGCUAUCUGGAGGUUCAGUUUUGGGUAUAAUUUAUUCAGCAGUUUUUAAAAGGUAGGAAGAUACUUUGGACGGGUCAAAUUGUGGAUGGUGUACCAAUAAACCUUGCUGUUAGGGUUUAGUUCUACUAUCCUCCAAUGAGUCCCCACUGGAGGACUCCAGAUGACUUCCAGCAAGCCAUUGCUGUCAUCUACCGAGCCUCUUUGUGAGCCGAAUGACCAUCCCCAUCAAUCUCCACUUAGAACAAGCUCUUCGGAAAUUAUAAGCCCCAAUGCUUCAUUAUCUUCCUCAUCUUUAGACAAGACACAAGAAAUUGGAUUUGAUGAUGUAAAGGGGGACCUUGAGGAUACCGUUGCCCCACUUAUUGCUACUGGUGCUUCUCAUACUAAGAAAAAGCGAAAGCAAUUCCAUUCUGCGGAGCUUCACUUCUAUUCACAGUAUAUGUUGGAAUGCCCCCCACGUGAGAGAAGACGUCUUGUAUCGUGGGGUGGUGUAAUGGACCAUCAUUGUGACAUUGCUGCGUUUGAAAUUUCUAGUGAUCCAUCUCGGGUGUCUUCAUCUCAGGAAACAUCUUCCCGGGUGACAUUAUCCCGUGCCCAGGAAAAGUUAAACAAAUCUCAGAGGCUUUUUCAGAAAAGUAUGCAGUUUGAAGAUAAUUUGUUACAUGUACCAAGGUUGAUUCAUAUUAAUGAUCCUAAGAAGACCAAUUCUGAAUAUGAGUUCACUGGAAAUGAGAUACGAACUAGCAAGUAUACUGUACUUAAUUUCUUGCCUAAAAACCUCUUCAUUCAAUUCCAUCGGGUUGCUUAUUUAUAUUUUCUGGCUAUUGCUGCUCUGAACCAGCUUCCACCACUUGCUAUUUUUGGCAGAACUGUGUCCCUUUUCCCUCUUCUAUUUGUGCUCUCAGUGACAGCCAUAAAAGAUGGUUAUGAGGAUUGGCGAAGACAUAGAUCAGAUAGGAAUGAGAAUAACCGGGAAGCUCUAGUCCUUCACUCUGGUGAAUUUCAAUUGAAAAAAUGGAAGAAGAUUUGUGCUGGUGAGGUUGUAAGGAUCCUUGCUGACGAGACAAUUCCUUGUGAUAUGGUGCUUUUAGGGACCAGUGAUCAUAGUGGAAUUGCUUACAUACAAACCAUUAAUUUAGAUGGUGAAUCAAACUUGAAGACAAGGUAUGCUAGGCAAGAAACAAAUUCUUUAGUACAUGAAGGGGCAGAAAUUUCUGGGGUUAUCAGAUGUGAACAACCUAACAGGAAUAUUUAUGAAUUCACUGCCAAUAUGGAGGUGAAAGGGCAGCGAUUAUCUCUGAGCCAAUCAAAUAUUAUCUUGCGUGGAUGCCAGCUGAAGAACACAGAAUGGGCAAUUGGUGUGGUGGUUUAUGCUGGACAGGAGACCAAAGCUAUGCUGAAUAGUGCUGCAUCUCCAUCUAAAAGGAGCAGACUGGAAGCAUACAUGAAUAGGGAAACCCUUUGGUUGUCUAUUUUUCUUUUCACAAUGUGUCUGGUUGUAGCAGUUGGAAUGGGUCUAUGGCUGAAGCGCCACAAGGAGCAGCUUGAUACUUUGCCAUAUUACAGGAGAAUAUAUUUUGAUAAAAGGAAUACUGGACGGAAGUCGAAGUUGUAUAAAUAUUAUGGGAUACCCAUGGAAACCUUUUUCUCUUUUUUGAGUUCAAUCAUAGUUUUUCAGAUAAUGAUUCCAAUAUCUCUCUACAUCACUAUGGAGUUGGUUCGAUUGGGACAGUCAUAUUUCAUGAUUGGAGAUAGGCAUAUGUAUGACAGUGGCUCUAAUUCAAGGUUUCAGUGUAGAUCCUUGAAUAUUAAUGAAGAUUUGGGUCAGAUACGCUAUGUUUUUUCUGAUAAAACUGGAACACUAACUGAAAAUAAGAUGGAAUUCAAAAGAGCAAGUAUAUGGGGAAGAAACUAUGGAAGUUCUGUUUCUGUUGCUGAUAACCUUGGAGUAAAACCAGCUGCACAACCUUGUAAUAGAAGAUGGAAGCUUAAGUCAGAUAUCACCACAGAUUUUGAACUCCUGGAGUCAUUAAGUAAUGAUUUAGCUGGGGAAGAAAGGAUUGCUGCACAUGAGUUCUUUUUGACAUUGGCAGCAUGCAAUACUGUGAUUCCCAUCCUUACUCAGAGUCCAUCGAGUGGCACUAAGAAUGAGCCAAGUGGUAAUACUGGUGCCGUUGAAUAUCAGGGUGAAUCUCCUGAUGAACAAGCACUAGUUGCUGCUGCUUCUGCUUAUGGAUAUACACUUUUUGAGCGGACUUCUGGGCACAUUUCAAUAGAUGUCAAUGGUGAGAAACUAAGGUUGGAUGUGUUGGGUCUUCAUGAGUUUGACAGUGUCCGUAAAAGAAUGUCUGUUGUUAUCAGAUUCCCAAACAAUACUGUGAAAGUGUUGGUCAAAGGAGCUGAUACUUCAAUGCUUAGCAUUUUAAAGAACGAUAAUGAAAGGGAUGGCCGCAUUGCACAUGCCACACAGAAUCAUUUGAAUGAAUAUUCCUCAGAAGGUCUACGCACUCUUGUAGUUGCUGCCAAGGAUCUUACAGGUCAAGAACUUGAGAAGUGGCAAUGCUUGUAUGAAGAUGCCAGCACAUCAUUGACCGAUAGGUCUGCAAAAUUACGACAAACAGCAGCACUAAUUGAAUGCAACUUAACUCUACUAGGGGCAACUGCCAUUGAGGACAAGCUACAAGAAGGUGUACCUGAAGCUAUUGAAUCUCUGCGGCAAGCAGGAAUAAAAGUGUGGGUUCUUACUGGUGAUAAGCAAGAAACUGCGAUUUCUAUUGGUCUUUCUUGCAAACUCUUGACAUCUGACAUGCAUAGGAUCAUAAUCAAUGGCAGUUCUGAAGAUGAAUGCAGAAGACUAUUGUCUGAAGCUAAGGCUAAACAUGGUGUGAAGUCUGCAUGUUGCAAUAAUUGGAUCUCAAGAUGGAAAAGAGACAUUGAAAUUGGUUACCAUGAAGUUUCUCCUGAUGCAAAGUUGUUUAACCUGCCUGUGGAGCAUACAGAAAAUGAAGAAGGAACUCUUAGUCCACCUUUAGCUCUCAUUAUUGAUGGGAACAGUCUGGUGUAUAUUUUAGAGAAAGAGCUGGAGUCUGAGCUUUAUGACCUUGCAAUAUCAUGUAGAGUAGUACUUUGCUGCCGUGUUGCACCUUUGCAAAAGGCUGGAAUUGUGGACCUAGUAAAGAGUCGCAGUUAUGAUAUGACACUAGCCAUUGGUGAUGGUGCUAAUGAUGUUUCAAUGAUCCAAAUGGCGGAUGUUGGGGUUGGAAUAUGUGGUCAAGAAGGGCGCCAAGCUGUAAUGGCAUCUGAUUUUGCUAUGGGACAGUUUCGCUUUCUUAAAAGACUGCUUCUGGUGCACGGGCAUUGGAAUUAUCAGCGAAUUGGUUACUUGGUUCUUUAUAACUUUUAUAGGAAUGCUGUUUUUGUGUUUAUGCUUUUCUGGUACAUUUUGUUCACAGCCUUCUCAACAACCUCUGCAUUGACUGAUUGGAGCAGUGUUUUUUAUUCCGUUCUUUAUACUUCAGUACCUACUAUUGUUGUUGGUAUUUUGGACAAGGAUUUAAGUCAUAGGACUCUACUCAAGUAUCCAAAACUCUAUGCUUCCGGCCAUAGACAGGAGAGUUACAGUAUGCAUCUGUUCUGGAUUACAAUGAUGGAUACUCUAUGGCAAAGUCUUGUUCUCUUCUAUGUACCCCUGUUCACCUAUCAGGAGAGUACAAUUGAUAUCUGGAGUCUGGGUAGCUUGUGGACAAUUGCAGUGGUGAUACUUGUCAACAUGCACUUGGCAAUGGAUGUUCAGCGCUGGUCAAUGUAUACCCAUAUUGCAAUAUGGGGAUCAAUUGUUAUUACAUAUGGCUGCCUGGUGGUAGUGGACUCUAUCGUGAUCUUCCCAAAUUAUGGUACAAUAUACCAACUCGUAUUGUUGCCAAGUUACUGGCUCACUAUUUUGCUUAUAAUCAUUGUGGCAUUGCUUCCUCGCCUUAUCGUGAAGGCUAUACAGCAAAGUUUCUGGCCUUCUGAUAUACAGAUAGCUAGAGAAGCAGAGAUACUGAGAAAAAGACCUGGUCAUUUUGGGUCUACGCCAGAUCAAGACACGAGCUGAUUUGUGCUGCUUCUGAUGUUGAUCAACCCUAUUACGAUACUGCUUGCACGAGUUUUACUGGUCUAUGGCUUUCUCAUGGCAUUCCAAUGUAUAGGCUAAUUGAUGAUUUAUACCCAACCGAUUGCCAGCAAGGGGUACACAGCGACAGAUUCUGGGCAGGUAAGCUGAACAAUGCUCAAGAAACCGAGGGCUAACACGAAUCCAAGGUUAGUUGACUGUUCCAAUGAGCUUCAAGGCAAGUUGAGCAUGUCUGGUUUGGUACAUUGUCAACGCAGGCCAAGCAACAGUCUGUCCGCUUAUUAUAUUGUAGAGUCUAACUACUGGCAUAGUAAAAUGGCCACGUAUAGCGAACACAAAAGAAAAAUUAGAUCGGAGAAAAAAAAAUACCAAGUGUACAUUAGGCUGAUGGAGUCUUGUAAAAAGGGGCAGGUGUUGGUGUUCUAAGAAAUAAAAAGAGAGUGUUGUUCUUCUGGUAUUAUUCAA